GCUGGUGCGAACUUCCAGCCCGUGCUUGUGAUAAAUAUGGUCGCUUUUGAUUGAAUUUCCACUACCAUUCCGACUAAUAAAUGGCGGUAUAUAACAAAAAUACGGGAAGUCUCCCGAAUGUCACGGGCCACCAUGCAAUGAACUGGAAAGAGCUAGCUGAGGCCGACGAUCUAGCCUCCGCCCUAACGGUUGAUGCAUUUACCUGGUUGCUUCCGCAGAAUGAAGGUUCGCAUCCCCGAACGUAUUAAAGCCAAGUUUCGAGAUGUGUUGCUUUCCUUUCAAAAGCAUAAAUGCUACGAGACCGCCUAUGACCAACUCACAUCGGAUUCGAAUAUUGUCAAACGGUCGUUGAAAUCCGAUCAUCGUUUCAGAGAACAUGUCUAUCGUUACUUGUUGCUACUUGACGACCGUUCAGGUGUGGAAAUCCGGCCAUGUUCGCGUUAUGCGUCGGAAGAUCACGUGGGUGCGGCAAUUUUUGCCAGCAGAGAUUGGCCCAAAGGUACCAGGAUCCACACUCUCGUUGGAUGCAUCGCUGAAAUGAAGCACUCAGAGGAGGCAUCUUUCCUCAAACAUCGCAAAAAUGACUUUUCUGUCAUGUAUUCUUCGCGGAAAAACUGUUCCCAAUUAUGGCUGGGUCCGGCAGCUUAUGUCAACCACGAUUGUCAACCCAAUUGUGAGUUUACUAUCAACUGUGAUGCGGAUGCUCGAAUGAGUCUGGAAGCCAAAAUCGACAUACGGAAAGGUGAAGAGAUUUUCAUCUACUAUGGCAAACAUUUCUUCGAUGUUAACAACAGCGCUUGUGAGUGCUUCACUUGUGAGCUACUGGGACGCGGGUACUUUAGCAAGUUUCUCCCAGCAAAUCUCCUCUCUCCGGUUGUGGGGUCUGGUCUCCAGUCCAGUUCCGCGAACCGUCUAAACGAUUCCCGUACACAGCACUACAUGAUUGAGGAGCGUGUUGGUUGUCAAAAUGACACGAAACUCUCGUUGCGUGCAGUGGAUCCGCCUAGCCCCCUUGGUGCUGACAAGGAGACUUUGGAAGACACCAAACAACAAGACCCGUCGUCGUGUACACAACCCUACACCGCUGGUUGUAUGCUGCGCAAAGGUAGUUCAACUGGCUUAGCCUGUCGAUCCCUGCCCACUGUCUAUUCGCUGCGACAUACCGGUCCUCGGUUGAAUCGUGUCAAAGCCCGUAUCCAGGCUGCUACGGAAAAACUAAUGAGCGCCAGCGAAUUCCAUGAGAAAUUAUUAAAUUCUGAUAAUCGGUUACCCAGGCCCCAUAAGAGCAAUUCCGCCACGACCUCCAUUUGUCCCGCACACACCAAGUCACCAAGGAAGUCGUUGAGAAGGAACCCACCUACCAGACGCAAUUCAACAACAACUUCGAGGCGAACCACACAGACACGGUCCGUACCAAACUCGCUACCUACCUUAGAUCCAACGUGCCUGUCUGGCUCCAUGAGUUUGACGGCUACUAUCAUGAAUGGAUCUGCCACGGCUCCAAAUAUAUUCGAUUCUGUGCUGCUUCCUGUAGACUUUUCGGGGGCACCCGAUUCGGACACAAUGAGUAGUGGCCUCGGACCUAGCUGCUGUAGUAGUUCACACAGUCCUCCUCACCUAGACCGCGCGUGUUCCACAGAGUCGACCAGUAUGCCGAGCCAACUGUCCACCGCAGUGAACACUCCGGACGUUCACAAUUCAUACUACCUCGGAGAUACACCAGAUACAAUCUCUUGUGCCACGCCGCUUCCACCGUUACAGUUGUCCCCCGAACACCCACCCGGGUUGCAGGCAGUCUCAAAUCACACAUCCAACACAUCUCCAGCAUACAGCGUCGAACCCAUUCUUGGACGUUUGUUUGACGAGGCAGCUUCUGUGGGUUCUACUCCUCCUAAACGGCAGUCCAAGCGCCUGACGAAUUACGAUGCGCGUUUGAUAGCGGAAACACAGGUGGUUCCACCAGGCAGUGUUCGUCGCCGCUCUCAACGUUUAUCCUUGAGUCUCGAGGAAAAUGUUGCGUCACAGCCUGCUACCAAACGUCGUCUAAUGAUGAAUACUUCGUCGGAAACCAGUUGGUUGUCUAGCGAGGAUAAUGUGCAAGAGUGCAGAAAUAGAUCUAACUCCAAGCUGACUGGACAACAGAUAGUUAUGGAAAGAUCUUUUAGCAACAACACUGGUUUUAAAUUUCAAAAGUUCCCACAUCAAGAUAAUGACGUGACUACUGCACUAAAAGUAUUGUGUUCAACACUAGAGUAUACAUCCCAAUGCAAUGACCUACUUCAAGAGCGUCCAGAAGAUUCUAUUGAUAUUGAGUCAGGACCACCUUCGAUUCAGAAGAUGAGCAGCUGCCCACCGAGUGUAGACUCUGCUGAGAGCAUAUCUCCACAAUCCCUCUCGAACGCGUCCUCCUCUACCACCCCUCUCCGUUUCGAUUCUACGGAAGUCGAGCCAUUCCCAGAUGUCGUGGACUACCUAGACGCAGAUCAUGACUACCUCAAACCAAUCAGUCCCCCUCGUCUUUCUUACCCUUCUGUUAGUCGUCCGUUAAACAGCACAUGUUGCCGCUCCCCUCCUGGUGUACGCUUGGAAUCCAGCACUCCACCUCCUCCUACCUUACACCCAGUAACUCCACCUACUUCCUUUGACCAUCGACAGACACAUCUGACCACGGUCUCCGUGCAAUCCCCUCUAUGUAAAGCGCGACCCCAGACAACGCUACUCCCAGCAGACGACAUGGCCCCUCAGCUGACUUCUUCUGCGCAACCACAGUGGACUCCAACGCGCUUUCCAAUCCCGCCACCGAACACCAUAUGGACCAGUCCAGUUACCAUUAUCAAUGAUCCCAAACUGACCUUGACCCGACGAAUCACUGUAACACUCAAACGCAUCGGCCCAAAACACUACCAAAUUUCUCAACCUCUGAGAAACAGUAGCAGCAGGCUUAACACCAGCACUGGUGGUGCGUUCACAGUCCUUCAAUGACUCAUUUGUAUGCACUAUACGUUGUACAUAGUAGAUUCGGUCGAUUGUCUUAUCUCUCUCUCUCUAUCCCGUGUAUGGCUAAUGCUUCUCAGAUUGGCGCGCACACUGUUUGAGUCAAUUUGUUUUGCACUCACCUUCCGCCCUAUAAUCAGACUCAGCGACCAAAUAGUACUUCGGAACAUAAUCUACCAGAGUGACUUUAGCUUCCCUUUCUCUGUGUCUCCUCGUUAUUUGUCGCUGUUGUUGUUUUUCUCUUCUUCGGCGGAUCCUCAUGCGUCUUGUUCGACCGUAUUUCAAUUGAAUAGCAUUUAUGAC